UCAGUAUCUAGAUUCUAUCCUGUUUGAACACUGGUUACUACCAGUCGCUGUUUCUACUGGUCAGUGAAAUGAACGGCAUAUCUGUUUUGGUUUCAUGUUGUCAACAUCAGGGCAGCACAUGAAGGAAGAAUACCUAAUGAAUAUGGAUGGCCCUGUCGCGCAUAACUAACCCAACUACGUCACACGUUGGAUCAUGUCCCACCGUCCACGUUCUGCUGACUGCUUGCUUGUUGCCGUCCAACCGCCCACCCGCCCAAAGUUACCUGAUCUUUCCUCCUCCCUCGUUCAUUCAAUCGCUUGAGCCCGUUCGUUGUUACUCUGCCAGUUUUCACCAGUACAGCGGCAGAUAUCACCGAUGUUACGACAGCGGCUACUAACGACCGUGUCCACCCGUCGCGUAAUAGCGCCCGCAGUCGCUCGAGUGCACACGACAGUCGGCCGCGGAACCACGCUGUCGUCUCUGCGCCCCACGAUCGUUCGCAGCCCACUCCUCGGCGCCGUCCGCACUCCGAAGCCGCAAUUUCGAGUUCUAGCGACCAAAGGGGACGAGAAACCGCUGAAGCGACGCUCGAAACUCGCGCGUGCACUUUUUAAAACGUUUGCGUUCUGCGGAUUCGCGACACUGACGAUCGGUGGUGCCAUCGUUGCGUUCUUCGUCUACGAUGCAAGUACGUACAAGGAUGAGGCGGACGAGAGUGAUCUUGCGGUGCCGCAGCUGGCGUUGAGUCCGCGCAGGGGCGGCCCGAAGAAUUUGCCCAUUGCGGAGAUUUUGGUCGAUGACGAUGGCGACGAGGCGCAGAAGCUACUGGAUAAGCCGCGGCUGGUGGUGUUGGGCAGCGGGUGGGGAUCGGUUGCGCUACUGAAGAACAUCAAUCCUGAGAACUACCAUGUCACCGUCAUCUCGCCGAGUAACUACUUUCUCUACACGCCGCUGUUGCCCAGUGCGACGGUGGGAACGCUCGAGGUUCGUAGCUUGAUAGAACCUAUUCGCUCAAUCACGGGCAAGAUCAACGCACACUUUUUGAAGGCGAAUGCGGAAAGCGUGGAUUUUAGUGAGAAGCUCGUGGAGGUCUCGCAGAUAGGCCCGGAUGGGAAGAGCAGGAGCUUUUACGUGCCGUAUGAUAAGCUAAUAGUUGGAGUUGGUUCUAAGACAAGGACUCACGGCGUGGAGGGAUUGGAGCAUGUCAACUUCCUCAAGGACGUCAAUGAUGCUAGGAUGAUACGCAAAAAGGUCAUUGAGAAUUUUGAGCAGGCCUGCUUGCCGACAACUACGGAUGAGGAGCGGCGGAGACUGCUGUCGUUUGUGGUGUGUGGUGGUGGACCUACCGGAGUCGAGUUUGCUGCAGAGCUUUUUGACAUGCUGAACGAGGAUCUCACAUUGAGGUACCCAAGAAUUCUCCGAAACGAGGUAUCAGUGCAUAUCGUGCAGUCUCGAUCACACAUCCUCAAUACAUACGACGAGGCACUCAGCAGAUAUGCCGAAGACCGGUUUUCACGCCAGCAGAUCGACGUCCUGACAAAUGCACGGGUAUCAAAGAUCGAGGAGGACAAGGUGAUAUUCACCCAGCAAGAGGGAGGAAAAAUCAUCACCAAGGAGCUCCCAUUCGGUUUAUGUCUGUGGUCGACAGGCGUAGCUCAGACAGACUUCUGCCAACGCAUUGCCGAAUUACUGGAUGUGCAGAAGAACUCGCACGCGCUGGAGACCGAUUCUCACUUGAGGCUACUGGGAACUCCCAUGGGAGACGUCUACGCGAUUGGCGACUGCUCCACCGUCCAAAACAACAUCACCAGCCACAUCACCGAGUUCCUCAAGCACGUGGCAUGGGAACAAGGCAUCAAAGACGAAAAGUCGAUUCGCUUGACAUUCGACCAAUGGCGCAAGAUUGUCCCACGGAUCCGCAAGCGCUUCCCGCAGACCACGGACCACCUGCGGCGCCUCGACAAGCUCUUUGAAGCAUACGACGAGGACAACUCGGGUACCCUCGAGUUCGACGAGCUCAAAAAGCUACUCGAGAAAAUCGACUCGAAACUCACCUCCCUCCCCGCCACUGCGCAGCGCGCACACCAGCAGGGCCAGUACCUCGCGCGUAAACUCAACAAGCUCGCGCAAGCCACGCCCGGACUGGAAAUGAACGACAUCGUUGAUGGAGACGUGGACGACGCUGUAUACAAGGCAUUCGUGUAUAAGCACCUGGGGAGUCUGGCGUAUGUCGGGAACGCGGCCGUGUUCGAUACCGGGAUCAGCGGGCUGUCGUUCGGCGGCGGACUCAUCUUUCUGUACCUCUGGAGGAGCGUUUAUUUCGCGCAGUCUGUGAGUGCGCGCACGCGCAUGCUGCUGGCGAUGGAUUGGGGGAAGAGGGCGUUGUUUGGGAGAGAUUUGAUGAAUUUUUGAAAUGGGAUAGAGGCGUUGGGUUGGUCGGUUAGGACGGUGGAUGGCUUCCUCUCUUGCUUCUGCUUUCGUUUGGCGGGUGUGUGUGUCUUUUCUUUUCCAAGAUUCUAC